AAACAAGCGAGCAAAACGAAUCGGAACGAAAAGUUCUGAAGAGAACCAAACCAGUUCAUCGAGCGAGCUUUUAUAGUGCGCGUCGUACGUUAAAUUCUAUUGAAAGCUUUCGCGCGAGCUUUUUUUCCAGUGUUUUUAUUUACGGACAUCCCGAUGCUUUGUUUUUAGUGUUUGGAUAAUUUAUUCUUGUGUAAUUGAAUCUGCAAAAAUAUUAUAAGGAAGUCAAGAAACAGCAUUAGAAGCUUCAAAUAUCUUUUGAUGGACGACCCAGAGAUCCAAGAAACGGUCGAAGCCAUCUUGGGCAAAGGAGCUAAAGUAGUGGACUGCGAAAAGAAAUCUUCGAUCCGCGAAGAAGAGGUUUUGUACAUUAACGGUAUUCCUGUUGCGCUAGAAGGUAAAGAUGGCAUGGCUAUUAAGGAAGCUUUAAUUACUGGACAAGUGCCGCCUUGUGAUUUGUUGAACAAAUUACUCAUUGACAGUGGUAUAUUGAAAGCACCAGUUAAACUAGACACUUCCUUAUCGGUAAAAAGCACAACUGUAAUCAAAGAAGAAGUGACAGUGUCCAGAGAUGGUAAAGUAGUGGACGAGCGCAGUCGAGAAACUAAAGACCACUCGUAUUACUCAAGUGCCAUGACCGAAAUUUUCGAACCAAUCAAAAUCAUUCCGACAGCUGAACUUAUGAAUGGCAAAUAUAACGGUAGUCCCAACGACACUUUCACCAACAACUCGAAAUGGUCAAAGUUCGGUAGCAGUUCGAGCGCAUCCAGCUACGAAUCCGAGCACGAGCCGCCGACGAGCUACCGGCCCGGUCCGAAACAGUGUCUGAGCAAAGACUCAGGACACAUGAGCUCGGGUGCCACUGACAAAGUGGACUUUACUCAGAGCAGUAUGGAUUCGUUGAGCUCGUACGACGAGACCGAUUACAUUUGCGAGCAGCUGAGCAAAUGCGCCAGCAUGCCGCCUAAUGGUUACGUUAAUGGGUAUUUGCCGACCAUAUUUGGAACUGUGGCCUCCGAUCUGACGCCCAAGGACUGUUCGAAUCGAAGGAGUUUGCCUCAAACACCGACGAUCAAGAGUUUCUCGACCAUUUUUUCCGGAGAUUCAAAUCAGGAUAGUUCGGCGGAUCCUGGCACCCAACAGGAUAAUGCGUUGGUCUACAGAGAUGGCAACCUGCUCAGCGGUCCUCUAGAAGCCCUAAUCCAGCACAUGGUUCCUACAGAAUCCUACUAUCCAGACAGAGCCUAUCUGUUCGCUUUCCUGCUGUCUGCCAGGCUCUUCAUCAAGCCUCACGACCUUUUGGCUCGCGUAAGGGCCUUGGGCGAUCAGCAGCAAGGCCUCGGUGGUACCGCACCCACAUCAGGAGCUCAACAAUUGAGAUUUGUUGAAAAAAUGGUUCAGCUGCUUGCCGAGUGGACUGAACAAUUUCCAUACGAUUUCAGGGAUGAAAGGAUGAUGGAACACGUACGUAAAGUGACUCAACAAUGCUGCGCCAUUAAUCCCAGCCUAAGGACCAACGUGUCGUUGCUGCUUCACAAUUUGCAUCCAAAAUUGACAGCUCUCGAAGAAUACGAAAAAGCCCAGGAAAAUCAGACAAACACGGCCUCCUCCGACGAAUACAUUUCUUGCCCCGACAUUUCGGAAACGUGUCCGAAUCCAGAGAAACUUGCCCAGCAACUGACUCACGUGGAACUAGAAAGGUUGUCGUUUAUCGGUCCAGAAGAAUUCGUGCAGGCUUUCGCCAAAGAGAAUCCGGCUUUGGAAACUUCGUUUAAGGAUUUGAAGAAAACUAGAAAUUUGGAACAGUACGUGCAGUGGUUCAAUAGGCUCAGCUAUUUUGUUGCCACCCAAGUGUGUAAAUAUCAAAAGAAAAAACAGCGAGUCAAAACAGUAGAAUACUGGAUCGAAACCGGCCGAGAAUGCUUCAACAUCGGCAACUUUAACAGCCUCAUGGCUAUCAUUGCCGGCCUAAACAUGUCGCCUAUAUCAAGACUGAAAAAAACCUGGAACAAAAUCCAAUCGGGCAAAUUCGCUAUCCUUGAACACCAAAUGGACCCGAGCAGCAAUUUCAGCAGCUACAGAAGCACCCUGAAAGCAGCAAUGUGGCGCAGCGCAGGCGCCACUGACCAACGCCAGAGGAUCGUCAUUCCGUUUUUCAGUUUGCUGGUCAAAGAUUUGUAUUUUUUGAAUCAGGGCUGUUCCAGUAAGCUGCUAAACGGUCACAUUAAUUUUGAAAAGUUCUGGCAGUUGGCCAAACAAGUGACGGAGUUUAUGGCUUGGAAACAAGUCACUUGUCCGUUCGAAAAGGACCCUAAGGUGAUUGGUUUACUGCAGCACAGUCCUGUUUUGAACGAAAACGCUUUGGCUUUGGCUAGUUUUGAAUGCGAGCCUCCCGAUAAUAAUCAGGAGAAGGAGAGAUGCAAGACGUUGAAGGCAGAAGGAGGCAGCAAUAAUUCUUAAGUAUAUGAUUCUAUCCAUUGAAGCAGCAAACAGCUAAAUGAAGAAACCUGUAAUGAGUAUUAAAGCAACCUCGAUAAAAGCAACUCACAGAAAGUUACAUGAAGAAACCUGUAAUGAAUGGAACAGACUUUAGAUCAGACAGCUAAAUAAAUAAAGAAACCUGUAAUACCGAAAAUGUACUUUUUUUGUAUCUCACAUUACCAUCUUGUAACUACAACUAGUUCGGAAAGUGCCAUUUUCCGCACGCGAUUGCAGCGUUUAGGGCGAAACAAUCAAGUGAGGAAAAGAGACUUUCACACGAGUUAGAAACACUAUAUUUUUUACGAGAUGAAAGUUAUUAUUUGUGCCCAUAUACCUACCAAAUGUAGUAAGGACUUUUCGGCACUUAUAUUUGUAGAGAUACCUAUCCCUAUACACUCAACAAAACAAAUUUUGAUAUUUUUGCGGAAAGCACCUAAUGCAGAAAUAGUUAUUUUCCUAACAUGUGCGCAAAGUAGUACCAUUGUGUAUGUAGUACCACUGUAUUACACAAUAGUAGAGUACUCUCCCGAACGCCAAACCAAUAGACGAAUGACAGGAAGCGGAGUUCGGAAAGGGCUGUAAGUGUAGUGCGUAAAAGAGACGUGAAACCCCACUUUUCCGCACGCAUUUCAUGUCAUGAAAGUAUCACUUUUUCGCACUCAUAAACCACUAUACACAUUCUUGUUUGAACAACUUUAAAUUCGCAAGUUUAAAGUUACUUUCAACACUCGGAGUAGAAGGAGUAAUUUCCGGGAGGGGUGUAAAACGCUUUAUGGCCGUUUGCACCGAUCAUUUUAAGGGAGGUUUAACGAUAAUCAACGUUUAAAUUGACAUUUUUACAUGUAAAAAUAUCACUUGAAACGUUGAUUAUCGUUAAACCUCGCUUAAAAUGAUCGGUGCAAACGGCCAUUAGUGCAACAAAAAUUAACAAAUUUUCUAUAAAAGUAGAUAAUCAAAGGGGGUAUGACUAUCAAAUUCCGACCAUAACCUCAAUCUUUCAUUCUUGACACGUGGUGGAUGCGCCGUCGUUGACACGAAGGUGGAUGCGCCGCCAUGGCCCCAUCUUGUUGACAGAUGGCGCCAUGGGACCUGCUCCCGCAGGGCUCCGCCCCCCAAAAAUGGGGCCCGCAGGGCUCCGCCCCCAAAAAGGGGGCCCGCAGGGCUGCGCCCCCCAAAAAGGGGCCCCCGGAUUUUAAUAUGGCUACCAGAAAAAGGGGGGGGGGGAAAUGUUUUCCCGCCAUCUUGUCAACCGUCACCUGUCAAACGUCAUCUGUCAAACGCCACCUGUCAAACGUCACCUGUCAAACGUCAUCUGUCACCUGUGAUGACGUCAUACCGGGUUAUUGCGGUGAAUUCUUGCAAUUACAGGUUCCUGUAAUAUGGAGUUUGCAUGGAAGGGAUUGUUCCGAGUCGUUUCGGGUUCUGUGAUGACGUCAUAGCGCCCUGGGUCACGUCCGUGGAGUCAUUUAGAGUACAUAGUGCAAAGUUUGAUUCAGGGUUCGCGUUCUGUGAUGACGUCAUAGCGACCUGGGUCACGUCCGUGGAGUCAUUUAGAGUACAUAGUGCAAAGUUUGAUUCAGGGUUCGCGUUCUGUGAUGACGUCAUAGCGACCUGGGUCACGUCUGUGGCGCCAUUUAGAGUACAUAGUGCAAAGUUCGAUUCAUGGUUCGGGUUCUGUGAUGACGUCAUAGCGACCUGGGUCACGUCCUUGACACCAUCUAGAGUACAUAGUGCAAAGUUCGAUUCAUGGUUCGACCUGGGUCUCGUGGGUUACGUCAGUUUGUGUCGGUGGCACAAUCUAGCGUACAUGUGACAAGUUCGAUGUGUCUUAUAACAGGAUGCUGUGGUGGUGACGUAACUAUGAGGGUCCAGCAGCUAGCUUCAUGUUGUACCUGGUAGAGGGUGUUCGAACUCAAGGAUGAAACACACCUACAGGAUUGCUUAUUGACCUCGUGUGUUACCAUUUACGACGCCAUAACUAAGCCAUCAGCUGUUUAAACAACCUACGUCAAGGCGAGAAAUAACAUGCUGCUUACGUCACAACUGGUGAUUUAACGUUGGGGAGAGAGUGGAUUUGUUCCACACAGGCCUUAUGAGGAUAGGCUAUCCUGUAGUAGUAGUGUGUAUUAUCCUUGGUUGGAACCAACAUAAUUUGAUGGGGAAGGGGCCUCGUUUUUUUUUAUUAAAAACAUACAUUUUUUAAGACAACGAUUUCAAAAAGCGAAUAUUUUCCAUCAAUAAACUGCUUAAUGAUCUAAUCAUUUUGGUGGUACGUCUUGGGAGAAACACUAUGCGUUGUCGUCAAAUUCAACGAGUAUUUCAAAUCCAUAGCUAAAAAUAUGCCACAAUUGUAUCGAUUACCUAAGUAUAUAAGAUAUUUACUUACUUGGGUAAAAUAAUAAUUGCUGUGCAAUAGUUUUAUAAUGACGAGAAAGAAUACAACACUGUGGGCACCCCUUUUAAUUCGAACUUCGCUUGACAUCUGUUGAUCUACCUUAAUUUGUAUAGUUUAUUGGUUCCAGUAAAGAUUUGCAAAUAUUUUGAGGUCUGUAUCGUAGAAAAUAUUGGGAACUUUCACUUUAUACGAGGACUUAUAAUUUUCUCAGCGUUUUUGAUCCUUUGUUAUAAAAAGACAGGUCUUGUUGAUUGAUUUCAAAUCCAUAUCUAAAAUAUUCAUAAUUGUAUCGAUAUUAGUAAGUAUAUAAGAUAUUCACUUACUUGGUUAAAAUGAUAAUUGUUGUGCAAUAAUUUUAUUGUUGUUGACGAGUCUCAAACAAGACUGAAAGAGCUUAAUUAUUAUAAUAUCCGAUUUAAACUUCGAAGUAAUCACAUACAAAAAACGCUGCCAAAAUAUUGGGAAUUUCACUCUAUAUCAGGCUUCAGGUCUUGUAAUUUUCUCAGUGUUUUUAAUCCUUUGCUAUAAAAAAACAGGUCUUGUUGUUGAUUGAUAUUAGUAUAUAAGAUAUUUACUUACUUGGUUAAAAUGAUAAUUGUUGUGCAAUAAUUUUAUAUUUUUCACUGGUGACGAGUUUGAGCAAACUGAAAGAAGCUUGUUAUUAUAAAAUCCGAUUUAAACUUUGAUAUCACAUACAAAAGCACCGUGAAAUGUAAACGCUUAUUUGGCAGUUUUUUUAUCUGAAUUAUAUCAGGACCGUUCGCAGAAAUCGCCCGAGAAAAACAACAACACAUUUUAAAGAUAUUUUUUUAGUUUAAGGCGUAAUUAUUAAGUUAGAUAUUUGAUAUGUCCAUUUUUAUUUUAAAAAAGGUGACAAAUUCAAUCGAUUUAUCAAAAUUUAAAAGAAUAAAUCUAUUCUUUUAGCAUUAGCAUCGUUGACAUUUUAUGAGCCAAUAACCCUAUGCAAUACAAAAUUUAAGUGGAUACAUUGUUACCUGUAAAAGAUGAGGAUUCAAUUUUUAUUCUUUGUACAAAAAACGCAGCAUCCAGUACCAGUACUUUGAACCUGGAUUUUCAAAGUUUAGUUUCUUGUGCGAUAAGUGUCGGUUUCGAAAAACUGUAAGUACUAUUUUUAAAUAUCUAAGUGAUGUAGGAUAAAUCAUGCCCUGAGACAUAUUUUAAAUUAACACAAACCUCGAUUAUUGAAUUAUUUUUAUUUUCCUUAACACAUAAACAUAUUGUUUGUUUUUUAAAAAUACAGACAACCCUGAGUACCUAUUUUUUAAUUUAAUUCCAAUAGUUUUUUUCGGAGCAACUUGAAUUUACUUUUACACUUACAUUUGCACAAAACUCAAAUUUCUUUUUCUAAAAUUUAGGUAGGUUCUUUAACCAAUUUAAACUGGUUUUAUUUUUUCAUUUAUUUUAAAACAAACCUCCAUAAACAGCGAAUUUUUAAUUUUAUGUACAAAAUCGUUCACCAGGAAGGAGAUAACCUGAAACGUCAUGGGAUUGCUAAUCAUCUUCCAAGAUCUGUAACCAGUGUGGUGGGAUUUUUAAAGCAGAGGGGGCUAUCCAACACCAUCAAAACACCCAGCUCCAAGAGAGCCUCCAAACGAAAGGCUGGAGAUCCCACCGCCCCCAUGAUGAAGCAAGCUAGACUUUUGCUGGUAAGUUGACAUUAAUCGCAUUUUUUAAAUCUAAUUUAAUUAUUUUCAGGACCUUCAAUAUCAGCCACAUGCCGGUGGUGUGAGGAUUGCGACUUGGAGGCACCGAUAAAUCAAUGGGUUGGUCAUCUUCGGUGUCUCUAGCACCGAGCCAACACCUGGUGAAGCAGGAGGAAGACGUUAGUCUUGUCAAAACAUCUUUCAAGAACCGAAUUGAAACAUAGCGGCUUUCAUCAAAGCAGGACCCUAUCAGCGUGAAGCACGUUUUGAAAUUAGCUGUGGCAUACCUAUCCAGUAUUAGGACGGACGGAGGACUGAAUGAUUUUAUGACACAAUUACCAGGAUAGCAGAAAAUGCGUAUGCGAAAAAAAUAAUUUAGAGCAAACAGUUAAAUAGCGCAAGGAUAUGAGAAAACUAACUUCGCACAUUCUUGAGCAACCGACCCACCGAAUUCAGCAAACAUGCGUACACGUACACGAGAAGAAGGGGUUUUAGAACUGUUUUUUCCUUUAACAAAUCACGGUAACUAUGGAAUAACAUAAUAGAGGACUAAAAUAUGACACAACCACUUUCAAGUUGAAACUGGAAGUAGCCUAUAAGGGGCCCAAAUAGCCUCAGUAAAGUGCUAGAAAGAUACCGGUUGCCACUACCACACCCUGCUCAGAAAUAAAUUAGGUCAUUUGGGUUUUCAGGCAUCCUGAACAAAAAGUUCACAGAAUUCCAGGAAAAAGAAAGCGGUGUGUAUCAUUUCAAUUGCAGUGUUAUAUACUAAACAAUGUCUCUUACAGGCUGGACGCUCCAACAACUUUAAGCUCUAAAUAUAAGUAUCAAUAGGAUCAUAACCCUCUAAAAGCCUAUUCAUAUCUGCCAGUACCAGGAUAACCUGUAACGUCAUGGGAGUUGCCGCACAUCUGCAAUCAAUGUGGUGGAAUUUUUAAUUCAUUUCAUCCACAAAUAACAUGGGUUGAGGAAAAAAGUAUGCGGAAAUUUGAGAUCUGUUUCUAUUUAAAUACUCGAUAUCUAUUGAAAAAAAAAAAAAAUAUAUAUUCAAGGGUGACGAUACAGACGUAUUUCAUUUUUAUGAUUAUGAAUAUUGAUACAAUUUAGAUUGUAGUCGCACUCACAGUCCUAUUAACCAUAUUGGCAAUGAUUGUUGAGAAUAAAAAUAGGCUUUAGUAUAAACUAUGUUUUAUUCUCCUGAGAAUGACAGAGAUGAAGCCACCAUUGAUCUCUGUAUACCACCAACUCACAGUCAAAUAGCGCCAGCACACACUUAACAUAAUAUCAUACAACUUUUAUUUAUGUUCCAAAAUUGUAUCAAGAUUAUUUUCAUUUCAAUAAUUUUUGAAAAGAAACUUCUUAAACGGCUUUCUGCUAUUUGGACGACAAUGGAGAGUGAUUUGAAAAACGCGUCACGGGCAAAUUUCGUUACUCGAGAGAGAAGAAAGAUGUAACGUAAAGGAACAGAGAAAGACAGCUAUUGAUUGACACAAACCAAGGAUUAUAAGCGUCGAGAGGAGUGCCCAUUAUUGACAAGCGCCGAUAUUGACACAAACCAACGAUUAUAAGCGAUUCCAAUACAGGAUUCGAAUAGGAUUCAAAAUAGCUAGUAUUCGAAUGCUACCCAAGUCUCCCAAAGUACCAAGUGUUAUCACAGGAGUCUAUUCGAAACAUGCCGCAUUAGUAAUAAUUAUCAAACUUCAAACUUGUAUAACAGGAGACUUUCUCAUUGAAAUGAAGCAUUACGUUGAUAGACUUGAUACUGUUUACAAUGCCCAUUAAGUAUGCAUGCCCCAGAUGUAAGGGUGAAACUGAUAUACCCAAUCGACUUUGUUUGCCUUGCGAAUUUUCACAAUUUGUUGAACAAAAAAGGAUACCAUCCCAUUAUUUUGCAAAACCCGAACAUAGAACCUAAAUUAUGAAGUUGUACUAGUAAAUUUUCUGUUAAAUAA